AAAAACAUUGAUUUUAGUUUCUAUGGUAGCCACUAUUAAUCAUUUCCGAUGAAGAGGCAGUUGACCAAAGGACGCUUGUCUUUAGCACUUUACGUAGUUGAACACAAAGCCAACAUCGAAUAGAAUCGAGUACUAGUACAUCAUAUGUCAUCGUGAUAACAUCUGCAUUCAUAGAGGACUUCACCUGGCUCUUUGUAACUCAAGAAAAUCCUUAAUUCUCCUAUAUUUCCGGCACCAUAGAGGCUGACCGCAUUAUCACAAAAGCAUUCGCAUUGGAACAGCCUCUUAUUUCAUUAGUAACUCUAGAGGACUAUAARAACGAAGGAUUUGCCGCCGAGGUUGGAUAGUCCAGACUACGAACUGCCAAGAAAUGACUACCAACAAUUCAACAGCGCCAACUCACUGUACAACAUCUAAGGAAUGGAAUGGAUUUGUGUAUCUCAACCAGACGAUCGUUACUACUGCGGCAUGUAUGUCUCUCGCUUUGGGUGUUUGUUCCACUUUAGCGAACGGUUUGGUUCUGAUAGCCGUGUAUAAAACUCCCUCGCUUAGGACAAUGACUAAUUUCUUUUUGACUUCUUUGGCAAUGACUGACUUMACAAUGGGAAGCCUGAUUGUGCCGUUGUAUUUUUACGGAGCGCUGAACUGGCCUUAUCACGUGAGGUUUCCAGUGUUUGGGAUGGUGUUAGACUUUCUCAUAAUGCAAACAUUAAUAUGUUCUUCACUUAUUCUUUGCGCAAUCAGUUUUGAUCGUCACAUUACUGUGAGAUCCCCUCUACUUUAUCCUGUGAUUAUGACUAAAAAGAAAGGCAGUAUAGCUAUUGCUCUGAUUUGGCUGGUUUCGUCAGGAGUCGCCGCACUCAGUUUCAUGGAUCAACGAUACGAAAAGAGGCCUACAGUAUACAUAAUACCAGGUCUUUCCGUACCAAUUCCAUGUAUGGCAUUCAUGAGCUACUGUUACUGGCAAAUCUAUAAAGUUGUUAUACGUCAAAAGAAGCAAAUCCAAGCUCAGAGCCCCAGCGCRUUCAUAGAUGAAGACACAGCAACGCGCAAUACAAGAGGAACUGCAAACGCUCGCUUGAAAAAAGAGCGCAAAGCAACUAUGACAGUAGCUAUGGUUGUCGGGACUUUCAUACUCUGUUGGUUGCCAAACAUGUUGGUGUCAGUCAGUCAGUUUAUCUUAACAGAAAUAUACAUUUGUAAUGCUUUUACAUUUGGUGAAUUCUGGCUGCUUUCGCUUCCAAUAUCRUUCAUMAAUUCUUUGCUUGAUCCACUUAUCUACGUUUUAAGAAACAAUGAAUUUAAAUACGCUAUAAGAUUGCUGUUUUACAAGUCUUCCAAUAGAGUCAAUUUUGCUGUUAAAUAACUAGCAUUUAACCAUUUUUAAAUUUAACCAUUUUUGAUUCUUUAAAAAGAAUUUACCACAAUUUGUACUAUAUUCACUUCUGUAUACAACGUACUUCAAAUAUUGUAUUCAGGCUUUGAAAACGUUAUUGAACCCUUGAGAUUAGUCGGCUCUUGGRAAAUCCCGCCGCAAAUGUAGUUCUGAGUUUUUGUUCAUUUCGUAAUAAAUCUUUUGCUA